GAAUUUGUUUAUCGGGACGCGUUUCACAUGUUCGGCGUCGGAAAAUGCGUUUGACAAAUGAAAUGAUGUAUUAUGUGUUUUUUGUCAUAUGCGUGUUUGGCAUCCAGGGUAAGCCGUCAUACACGUUCAACUUCCCGAGCAUCGGUCGGUUCCUGAGCUUCGGCCAGGAACGGGAGGCGAAGCCGGUGCUGAAGGUCUACAGCGGUAGGAGGGUGAAAAAUGACUCGAUCAGGAUGGUGUAUUUUUACGAUCAGACCGUCGCCGUCGUCGAACUCGAACCCACUAAGUUGCUGCUCAAUUGCGAGUUGAUUGAAGUUUAUGAACCAGAAUUGGCAAUAAAAGCACUCGGCGAAAUCCAACACAUCUCGAAACCGGUGGGAAUAUCAUUUCAAGAGAUGCUGAAGCUGAUGAACGAUUGUAAAGAGCUCGAAGAAGCAGAACAAGCUCGAUACAAGGAUGAACACAAUCACUCGUAUACCGAAACGAAAAUGGAAGCAAGAGGAAUAUUGGCUAACAAUCCGUUUACUUUACUGAGCGGAAUAAUUCCUGGUACAAAAUGGUGUGGAACUGGUGACAUAGCCAAGGACUAUUUCGAUCUGGGUACUGAUGCUGCGACCGAUUCUUGUUGUAGAGCACACGAUUUAUGUCCGGUGAAAAUACGAAGUUACUCGUCUAGAUACAAUUUGACCAAUAAUUCGUACUAUACCAAGUCACAUUGUAUAUGUGACGAUCAAUUAUUUAAUUGUCUAAAGUCAACCACAUCGCCGACUGCAAAUAUUUUAGGCAAUCUCUAUUUUAAUUUGGUGCAAAUACCUUGCGUGGCUGAUACGAAAAAAGGGAGAGUCUUUAGGAAAGGUAGAAAUAAUUUCUGACAAAACCUGUAUGCUUAUAUUUAGGCAUAAAAUUAGAUUAUAUGAAAAUUAAAAAUUAUACUAGAGAUUGUGAUUUUAUUACCUGAUGUAAAGGAUCUGUUAAAUUUAAUAUAUUUUUCAAAGAGUAUAGGUGUUUUUGCCAUUAAGAAUUAGCUGUUUUGUAAGAUAAAUGUAUAUAUGUUUUAUAUGGAUCAUUUAUAUUGUUAUGUAAAAUUGUUUUUACUUAUACACCCAUAUUUAUUAUUUUUGUAAAUAUAUGCAUAAAAUAUAGUGUAAAAAAGCA